GAGAGAAAAGAGUGCAAAAAUGGACAUUUCUCUAGAUCGUAAAGCAAGCACCGUCUACAGCAUCCUCCUCCGAGAUUGAUUGAUUUAGUUGGAACAUGUUUCCGAGGCUGAUGCAGCCUCCUCCUCCGCUUGAAGGAAUUGAAGACAUGCACAGAGCAGACCCUUGCCUCGUCUUGACCUCCGAUCCCAAACCCCGUCUCCGCUGGACUGCUGACCUCCACGAACGAUUCAUCGACGCAGUCACUCAGCUUGGCGGCGCCGCUAAAGCUACACCCAAGGCUAUUAUGCGAACAAUGAAUGUCAAGGGGCUCACACUUUUUCAUUUAAAGAGUCAUCUACAGAAAUACAGGCUAGGUAAGCAAUCAGGAAAGGAUAUGGAUGAGGUAUCCAAGGAUGCUUCGUACCUUCUUGAAAGCCCUGGUUCUGGUAAUUCUUCGCCAAAUUUGCCUUCUUCUGAUAUGAAUGAGGGUUAUGAAGUCAAGGAGGCAUUAAGAGUGCAAAUGGAAGUACAAAGUAAACUACACGUGCAAGUUGAGGCUGAGAAGCACUUGCAGAUUCGCCAGGAUGCUGAGCGGAGAUAUAUGGCCAUGCUUGAGAGAGCUUGUAAGAUGCUUGCCGAUCAAUUUAUUGGAGGUUCAGUUAUUGAUACUGAUGGCCAUAAAUGUCAAGGAUUGGGGAAUAAGAAUGCUAAAAGUUCCUCCCUCGACCCACUUGGCUUCUACUCAUUACAAUCCACAGAUGUGUCUGGAGUUCGUGGUCCGGAAGAAGUUCUAACUAGUGUCCAUCCUCAAAGGGCUGAUUGCUCCACUGAAAGCUGCCUCACAUCACAUGAGAGUCCAGGAGGACUAACUUUGGAAGGAUCUCCUGCUGGUGGGAGAAAAAGAAUGUUGAGCUUGGAGGCGGCAACUGCAUCUCUAAUUUGGGGUGAAGCCGAGGUGAGAACCCAAGAGAUUAAUCUAGCCGCAGUUGAGGCUCAUGGCAUUACUAGGUAUGGCAUAUAGGGCCGAACCUAGUGUUUGAUUGGUUUGAUCAGCUCGUGAUCAGAAUCAGAUCCUUAUGUUCACUCUGCAUUACAAUAUUAAAAUGUAAAAUUUUCAGUCCCUUCCGGUCCAUCUAGUUGGCAGGAGUUGCCAAGUUGGAAGUGGCAACUAGGUCUCCCAACUCCCAAACUGUAAAUUCAACACACUAGAAGGGGCUUAAAUACCAGAACUAAUUGCUUCUGAUUUUGCAAACUAUGUGGCUGGAGACUUGAUGCAGCAUCUUCAAUUA